AUUGAGAGCUAUGAGAUUCAGUCAGUAAGAAUCCAGUAAAUUUUGGGCAACGUUUGAGAGAUAUAUCGCGAAUUUUCAAAAUGAAAUUAAUCGUUGUAUGUGUUUUGGUGACAUUGGCCUGUGUUUCAGCACAACAGAAUAGCGUUGGCACUGGUCCGACGAGACAAGUAGUUGACAUGUUCUCUAAAAUGGCGGCAGGAGGUGCGGACAUGGUCGAUAGUUUAAAUCCUUUCACUGCUUUCUUUCGCCAACUGUUACCAAAUCAAGGCUCAUCAACUGCUGGCUCAUCAAAUGGUAGCCCCAUUAAUCCUCUAGGGCUGAUGAAUGGAAUGAAUCCUUUAGAAUUUCUGCAACGUGGACUAAGCACAGCUGGCGGUGCCACUGGAGCUGCACAAGAUGCUAUGACUUCCGCUUUUGACGCAACUAAAAAUGCGGGACAAGGUUUAGCUAAUGCUGGACAAGGUUUAGCUAAUGCUGGACAAGGAGCUAUGGAAGCAGCACAGAAGACAUUCCAGGGUGUUACGGGUGGUCUUCCGGGAGGAAUUAAAUAAAUAUAAUUUAAAAAAAGCAAAUAUGCAUAUGCAUGCACCCCAAUUAUUUCGUGAUAUCUGAAAUAUUAAUUAUUAAAAAU